AUGGGAUUAUUGAGCCGACUUCGUGGCCGCUCCAAAAGCCAGGGCGGUGCGGGGGUUGCUGUGAGCUAUGAGCACCUCCGCACUGAUACUCGUUAUGACCGCGUCCCUUCCAUCUCCGGGUUUGCUACGGAUCAGACAAAGAGGCUCCCUUCGCAGGUUCUAUCUCGGAUUCUCGCUUUCGUCUGUCCCCAUGCUGUCGAUGGCUCCUACGAUACUUCAGAGGAGUCGAUGACCGAAGAUGGCUGCAUGCUUUGUGACAUGCGCGAUCUGGCGCACUGUGGACUGGUCUGCAAGCGCUGGUAUCCAGUGGCUCAAUCUUUGCUAUACUCCCAUGUUCGCAUUGACCCCGUCCACUACUGCGAACUCGAGGUGGAACUGGCAGCCAAACGGAAACAACACUCGUUCUUCGACCGCAAUGCGGAUCCGAUCGAUGCACCGCAAGUGCGAUUGGCGCUUUUUAUGCGAUCUGUUCGACAAUCACGAGGGCUGGGAGCGAUGGUACUCUCGCUGCGUAUGCCGUACAUGACCCGCGAGGCGAACAAAGCAGAGAUCGCCCGGACUGUCUCGGUAUUGCCCAACGUUCGCUACGUUGACUUACCGUCUGGAAUCUACAGCGACGAUCCGACAUGUCUCACUCUGAAACGAGAGCUCAUGGCUCGCUGCCUAGAUCUACGUCGCAUGAGCUAUCGUCGCGGAGCGGAGGGGAGCUUCGUUCAACUUCCCGGUUCCCAGCUUUGGAUGAACCUGGAGAUCCUGGAACUGUCACAUCUACAGGUGGAGCCGAGUACUCUUCGUCUUGGCUUGGCUUCCUUCCCUCGACUUCGCGAGCUGACCAUGGACAAUCUCCCCUUGCUGGAUGACUCGGUCUUUACUGCCUCCCAGUCCCUUCCUCCAUUCCCAGCCGUGCAGCGCCUUACUCUUCGAGAUAUCCCGAAUGUCACAGCAAGCGGGCUUGCUGAAUUUCUCUCCCUUCCCCUUCAUCGACAAUCUUUACUCUAUCUCACAUUAUCCUCGACUGGAGUCGUCCCUUGGAGCUUGCAUCGAAUUCUGUCUGCAGCGCCGGAGCUCCGGUCGUUGCUGGUGAUUCAGGAAGUGACGCGGUCUUUCCCACCCGAGAAGAUUCCCCCCCUCGCGUCAAGGUCCCUGGAGCUGCUACACUACGAGAUCACGUCUGCCUCGGGUUCCUACGGCGUUCUCCCUAAAGCUGCUUCGUAUUAUGCUUACCUGAUCUCGGGCUUGAUGACCAACGCCCUCCCGGCGCUUCGUGAUAUCUAUGUUCGUGACGCGGACUUCCCCGAAGCGCUUCUCCUUACACCCCCGCCUCGUCUUCUGGGCGGCGGUGAAACGGGACCCCAAUUCCUCGGUGGCGGCCUUGCGCAGCCACUCAAUGUGUACAGCAAGGGGCUAGAUGAGCUGGAGUGGAAUUUCACGCCAUAUGAGCCACUCUCCACCCACGGUCGACGAGACAGUACCACCCGACCUGUUAGUUUCCACGACCCACAACUCAGUCGGUCUUGGGGAGGUGAAGCACGAAAGAGCGUGUUGGUUGGCAACGGCUUUGGCGGGUUCCUGGCCAUUCCUGUCGAGGACGGCCGACCGAAGAGUAGUGGUGGCUGGAGACGAGAGAGCCGUCAGGAUCUGUGGCGGUGA